AUGUCACCUGCAAAGCGUAGAAAAACGAGUGGUGCAGAGAUGAAGCCCAAGAGCAAGACCAGUGAGCGAAAGCCACUUCCAGUUACCAUACUUUCUGGUUUUCUUGGAAGUGGAAAGACGACACUACUUCGGCAUAUCCUCCAGUCCCCGGACCAUGGAUUGCGAAUCGCCGUUAUCGUAAACGACAUGGCGUCGGUCAACGUCGAUGCGAACAUUAUUAGUCGUUCGAACAACAAGCCAGGUGUCAACGGAGAGAUACGUGUGAAGGAGAAGAUGAUACAGAUGGAGAACGGUUGUAUCUGCUGCACCCUUCGCAGUGAUCUACUGGUUGAGUUGGCUCGACUCGCUUGGAGCGAGCAGGCUUUUGACCAUGUAGUUAUCGAAAGCUCAGGUAUCAGCGAGCCACAACAGGUCGCAGAGACUUUCACCACCGAGUUGACUGAGGCCAUGAUGGAUGCUGAAGGCAUGGAACCUGAUGAGAAGGAAGUGUUCGCCAAAGUUGCAAAGAUUGGUGGCUUGAGGUCCAUUGCUACCGUCGAUACAAUGGUAACAGUUGUUGAUGCGUUUCGCUUCUUUUCCGAAUUCGACACAGCCGAGUUUCUCCAGGACCGCUUCUGCAGAGACGAAGUACCCGACGAGGAUCAGCGGACCAUCUCUGAUCUUUUCGCUGAUCAGAUCGAGUUUGCCAAUGUUAUUAUUGUCAACAAGAUCGACAGGGCAGAUGCGCAGACUCUAGGCCGUGUCAAGGCAUACAUCAAGUCGCUCAACCCUACGGCUAAGAUCAUCGAAUCUAGGUACUCCAAGGUUGAUGUUCGCGAGAUGUUGAACACUGGUGUCUUCAACUUUGGCGAGGCAGUUGCUAGCGUCGGUUGGCUGAAAAGCUUGCAUGAGAUGACCGUCAUGGAUGUCCAUGGCAAAAAGCGUGUUGCACCCAAGCCAGAAACACUAGAGUACGGCAUUGGAUCUUUCGUGUAUCGCGCACGUAGACCUUUUGAUCCGUUGAAGCUGUACCGGCUUAUCCAGGGCAAGUUCAUUCUCCUGCAAGAUGAAGCAGAAGACGUUGAGGAUAGUGAAGAAGAAGAUGAUGAAGAAGAAGGCGACGAUGAAGUCAAUGAUGGUUCUUCUGAAUCCGGCGCAGCCAGCACCUCCGGGGAUGACUCCGACAAGGACAGCAAUGACGAGGAAGCUCCUCCACUGGACGACAAGCAGAUCUUGGCAAACAAGAAAGCUUGCCCCUACUUCGGCGGUCUGCACCGCAGCAAAGGCAUUUUCUGGCUCGCAACACGCCCUAAUCAGAUGGGGUCAUGGAGCACUGCAGGUGCGAUGCUGACCCUCGGAUCUGAGAUGCCGUGGUUCUGCUGUGUAUCGGAAGAUGAUUGGGGUGCUGAUGCCGACACAGUCAAGGCAAUCAGGAACGAUUUUGAAGGCGAGUGGGGUGACCGCCGUCAAGAAAUGGUUUUCAUCGGUGAGAAGCUUGACGUCGAGGGUAUCACAAAGCAGCUUGACGCUUGUUUGUUGAGUCGCACCGAGAUGAAGAAGUGGACAAAUGUCAUGAAGGAUGAGAAGCUAAACGAUGAGGAGAAGGAAGAGGUGUUGCAAGAGAUGUGGGACGAUGGCUACUGGGCAGAAUGGCCACGUGCGCAAGACGAGGAGCACAAUCAUGACCACCACGGCCACGACCACCAUGGUCAUAAGCAUUGA